AUGACCGCCACGCUCGACUACACGCAUGCGCCCUCCCAGUCGCAUCGCCCAGACCCGUCUCGCGCGCAAACGGCCACGACGACGCGUAUGCAGCAGCCAGCCGACACCACCCACCAACACCACCACCCGCCACACCCGCCGACGCUGUCGCAACCCGCCAGCCAAGAAUCCAUCGCCAGCAUACACAGCUCUUUCGGCGGCAGCAGCGCGCUCUCCAGACUGCAAGGCAGCGACACCAAUCUGUCACAACUCACCACCGACACCGCUCUGACGUCGCCCUCGUCCUCGGCUGACCUCACCCACGCAACUGCCACCCAUGCAACACCACACGCAACACAAACACACAAUCAUGUCCAACCGCCGCGCAAUAGGACUCCCGAAAAUGCCCAAUGUACACCCCACCUCAACAGCGCUGCCGACAGUGCACUAUAUAGCCCCAUGAGCAUCACCUCGCCCGUCGCGACCACCAAUGGCGCCAAGAGGACCGCGUCCGGCCACGUGAAGAACGCGCAUAGCAUAACCACCUCUCCGUACCACACCACUCCCCGCACAGCAGGACCCGAGUCGCGACGGGAGUCGCAGUCGUCCUCGGCGGGGAGCAAGGCGGGAGAGAUAGCAGCCACGUUGAGAGCGCGUCUCGGCUAUGCCAUGGCCAAGGUGCAGAAUGGGUGGGAGCACAAGUCGCUG